UUCCAACACACUACAAUUCGAACAUUGAAGCGUAUCGGAAAAUCAACAAACACAAAACGUGAUGUCGUGCUCUGUUACAGUUUCAAGCUCUCCGGUCUUUUCUCGGUCGUCGUCUCUCUUCUGCAACAAAACCUCUAUAAUUUCUCCGCCACCAGAGGCUCUUAAUUUAAACUUAACACGCCUCAAAUCAUUUCCUUCCCCUCCUUCUCCUUCUCCAUCUUCGUCUUCAUCUCGGUUUAGGAUAAGGAUUCAGAAAACGUUAUCUGGGUCUCUGCGCUCGUCGUCUUCUAUGUGUCCCGGGCAGGUUUCGACGGUUUUGAAGAGGAAGAGGCCUGCUAGGCUGGAUAUACCGGUGGCAACGGCGAUGACUUUUGCUGCUCUAGCCGAGGAGUCUCAACUGAUGGAGAGUGAGGGAGAUGGGUAUUCUGUUUAUUGUAAAAGAGGGAGGAGAGAGGCUAUGGAGGAUAGGUUCUCUGCCGUCGUUAAUCUUCAGGGAGAUCCCAAACAGGUAUUUUGCAGCUUUUCCCUUCUUAUUUCUCAAUUUCAAUAGGUGUUGCUU